AUGAGCUUCUGCGUGUGGAAACCAUGGACGUCCUGGAGUGGGUGCAGUGCGGACUGCGGCCCGGCUACGAGACUGCGGGAGCGGUCUCUAGGCCUUGUGCAAAACAAACCCUACGAGUACCUCUUCAAGGUGGCACACGAUUCGUACGCAGGUCUUUGUGCCGGGACACAGACAGACACUGAAGCCUGUCCGACGAGGCCUUGUGACCAUCGUUGCGUCCCAGCAGAUUGCACUUUCUCGCCGUGGGGCGAAUGGCAUCAACCUUCAUGCAUCGGCCUUUGUACCAGGUCCCGCAGCAUUGCCGUCGUUAACAACGAGUGUGGAGAGCCUUGCCACGGCCCCUUGGUUUCCACCAAGAGGUGCCUCGAAGAGUGCACGGAGGUUGUGGAUUGUGAGUUUCGCAGCUGGUCACACUGGUCCCAGAUGGAUCGCUCCGGACCAGGAGCACUGAGGUAUCGUUCACGCGAGGUGAGUCAGAUGCCCCGGAACGGCGGGAAGCCAUGCGAAGGCGACAUUCGGGAGGUUGAUUCCUUCUGCGAAGAGAAUGACCACCUGCAACAUUGCCGACUCAUCUCCUGGUCUGAUUGGGUAAGCUGCAGCAAGACUUGCGGAGGCGGCUGGCAGCUCCGCACAAGGGCUGUAGCACAGCCCGCACGGAACGGAGGACAACCUUGCCAAGGAGACCUGUCCGAGGGACAGACCUGUGCAGAAUUCCCAUGUCAGGAAGGGGACUGCAUUUUGGCUCCGUGGAGCAGCUGGGGCGAUUGCUGGGGCGGACAGAGGACACGAAGCCGUCGCGUGCAGCGGGAGGCUACGGCUGGAGGGCGACCAUGUGGUGGUCCUGGCAGCCCCGUCCUUUUGGGUGAAACUCGGCCGUGCAGCCAACAUGGCAUGGAUUGCCAGGUCUCCGCAUGGAGCGCCUGGGAUUCCUGCGACAAGUCAUGUGGUGGUGGUGAGCAGCAGCGACACCGGCAGGUCCAGGUCUACCCCAUGCACGGCGGAUUGCCGUGCCCCACCUCGCUCCGAGAGCUCCGCGCGUGUGGCAGCUACUCCUGCGGAACUGUGGAUUGCGAGGCAACUGCCUGGACAGAGUGGGGAGCCUGCUCGGUGCAGUGUGGUGCCGGUCAGCAGCAGCGAGACCGGCAGAUUGCCAGGUCGGCACAAGGAGAAGGACGAAAGUGUAACUUCAUCCUCUCGGAGACUCGUGCAUGUCGGGACAAUGGCGGCGGGUCAAUGGCUGGCUGUGGCAUGGUCAAUUGCCUCUGGGGUGACUGGUCAAGUUGGAGUGGCUGCACAUGCUCCUGUGGUGGUGGCCAGCGCACUCGCAAUCGGCACAUCGCCCAAUCGCCUCAGGGCGGAGGCGGCCGAUGCGAAGCAAAGCACAAGGAGGAGAUCGGCCCUUGCAACACGCACAGCUGCGCAGAGACUGCCUGCCGCGAUGGAGCCUGGGGCGAGUGGCAGGAGUGGUCACCCUGCUCUGCCUCCUGCACCGGAGGCUUACGAUACCGUCAUCGACGAAUGGAGCACGAGGCCAAUGAAUGCGGCCGACCUGCUGAAGGGCUCUCGCGGGAUGUGGCUCCUUGCAACCAGAAUGUGCCGUGUGCCGGGGACGUCAACUGCCAGUUUGAUUCCUGGACUCAGUGGAGUGCAUGUACCAGGACUUGUGAUGGCAUCAAGCGACGCUCUCGCAGGAUUGCAGUACAUGGCCGGGGCAGGGGUGAGUGGUGUGUUGGUGCCACCAAGGAGACUUCGCCAUGUGCCCCAAGCCCAGGGGCCCCUGCGCCCAUCGCUUGCCAGCCUGUGCAUGCGCGAGACUGCAUCAUCAGCCAGUGGUCUUCCUGGGGCCAGUGCGAUGUCACAUGUGGUGGUGGCCAAUCCAUGCGCGAGCGGAGCGUAGACCAGGAGGCCCGAGGUGGCGGCACGCCUUGCCUGGGAUCACUCACAGAGACGCGAGGAUGCCACAACCAGGAGUGCCAUCAUGAAGGCCCACGGAGGGAUUGUCGUUGGGGAGAAUGGAGCCAGUGGGGUGCCUGCAACAAGUGUGGCGGUCAAAGGGAACGAUUCCGGCACGUGAUCCACGAGGCUCUGAACGGUGGUCGGCCAUGUGAGCUUGGAUCGGCCGAGGAGACAGGGCGUUGCCCUCGCAAGUGCCACGAGUCGAUGUACUGCAUUUGGUCCCAGUGGGAAUCAUGGUCCGACUGCUCUAUGUCCUGCGGCACCGGUGGCAUUCGACAUCGCCAGCGUGCGCUUGCCCUGAAGACAGAGGCGGAGGUCCGCGCUUUGGGUCUCCUCUACGAGGUCAACGAGGGGCUAGCCAGCCCUCCUUUGCCAUCGCAAGGCGCACAAUUCCAGAUGAUCACCGCAUUUGCUGGCGGCAUCCUUGCAACCAUGGUGCUGUUGCAUGUUCCACAAUCCCUCCGCGCUUGGUUCGCGGAGCGUGAUCACAUUCCGACUUCCCAGGUUGAGUUGGCAGAGCCGCAAGGCUUCCUCAGCCGAUGGUGGGCACACAGAGAGGCACAGAAUGAUGGCUACCUGCCGGUGUCAACAGCAGUUGGAAGCGAUCUGGAUGCCUAG